CAACUAUCAUCAAUCAACAAAAUGAAGACCUACUUAACUUUUAGUGUUCACUUCAUCACGUGAAUAGUCACAUCACUCUCUCUCUUUUUUAUGACUGUUAAGUUUCCUGACCGCCCACACACACACAUACAAAAACAAAAAAGAAGCUAGCUAAGGCAUUCCCCGCUCUCACUUGGGUCGACUAACCCAGCAGCUGUGUGUGUGAAAACGAGCACCUUGUUCUGUAUGUGCAGACCAGCCACAACGAGGCUGGGUGUUCAGCAAUCAACAGAUUGCUUGUCUUUCUCUUGCUUUGCUCAGUCUCUCUCAUUUACUGACACUUAAUUAAAGUGGUCAGUCGAGUUUUUAUAUACUUCUAAUUACACCUAUUUCUUUAAAUAAGUUAACUACUUGAAUAUAAAGUACCAGUACAUCACUUUCACUGCCGGAUCGGACUUUAAUUAUUACUGAGAUUACCUUUAGAAGUUUACCCUACAACCAUUAAGUAAUAGUAAACCAAAAACAAACAAUCCAAACACAGCUGGACAAAAAUAAAACAAAAUAUACAUUUAAAGACUGGAGAGAAAAAGUUACAACUCUCUUUCCCCAAAAUGCCGGUCUUUCAUACAAAGACCAUCGAAGGAAUUCUUGAGCCGGUUGCUCAGCAGGUUUCCAAACUUGUGAUUCUACAUGAAGAAGCUGAAGAUGGCAACGCCAUGCCUGAUUUGGCUCGGCCAGUGCAAGCUGUCAAAAUGGCUGUCGACAAUUUGGUUAAGGUUGGUUAUGAUACCAUUAACAACAGUGAAGACCAGAUUCUCAAACAAGAUAUGCCACCAGCACUCAGCCGUGUCGAAGAUGCUUCUAUUCUGCUCCUCCAGGCUUCGGAUAUGCUGCGGGGAGACCCUUUUUCAGCCCCUGCUAGGAAGAAGCUCAUUGAAGGAUCACGAGGUAUCCUGCAAGGUACUUCUGCUCUUUUACUGGCAUUUGAUGAGUCUGAAGUCCGUAAAAUAAUUAGAGUGUGCAAGAAUGUACUGGAAUAUUUGGCUAUAACUGAAGUUGUAGAUAAAAUGGAGGACUUGGUUACCUAUGUCAAGAAUCUCAGUCCUGUGCUUACGAAAAUCAUCAAAGAAGUGGAUGCCCGUGAGAAGGAACUGACACACCAAGUUCAUCGUGAUAUGUUAAUCCGUUCAUUGGAUCAGGUGAAGAAUCUCACUCCUGUUCUCAUCAGUGGAGUGAAGAUAUUCAUUACUGCCAAAGAGACAGGUAUGUUUUUAAUAAUUAUCUAGGAUUAUUUUUGUUUU